CAGCAUUCGAACGUCGAAGCGAUCACAUCUCAGCACACAUUCUCCGAACACUCACCACCGAAAAUAUCUACGAAAACUAUCUAAUGUCCGCCAUCAGCAAGCAGAAGAACACCAUCAGCACCAUGUACAAGUCGAAAGUGUCACCGUCUCGUCGCCUCAAGAACCUGCUGAAGCCCAUUCUGGGGCAAUUCUUCAGCCUCAAGAAGGAGCAGCCCAAGCGGAGCUCCUACAUCGCCUCCGAGGAGAAGGAGGCCGAGUUCGAGUGGCUCAGCAACGACAUGGACAACAUGGCCAACGAGCAUCUGGAGCACCGCCUGAUCGAGGAGAUUCGCCAGUGCGCCAAGGAGGAUGCCGUCAUCGUUUACAACGAAAACGGUUCCGGCGAGCUGCACACCAUCGACCAGGAGGACUACUACGUUCCCGUCCACUUCGCCCGCACCAAUGGCGGCACCUUCUUCUGGACCUCGGUGCAACCCAAGGCCUGCGAGCCCUAUGCCAUCGAGUGGAACUUCCUGGAUCGCUGGGCUCAGGCUUGAACCAAUCGGCCGGAGCUGCUAGCUCAACCUUGAUCAACAAUGGGGUUUUUCAACUUUCAAUUGGGACAACUUCAACUGGCCUGGAGCUCGGCUCUCCAGCGGGAUGGGUACUCCAGAGUUUGGGCACUUCGACUCUGGGUUCAUCGGUCUUGGGCAGCGCUUUGCGGAUUUUCUCAACCACUGAAAAUUCCGAAGAAAGCGGUUGGGGUCACCACAUAAACACGUGGCGGGAGGCAUUCCAACAAUUAUCCCCUUUUUUGCUGGUCAAAAAAAGGGUUCCAAUUGUUUGGAUUUACGAGGCAAAAUUGUAAACAAAAACUGAAACAAAAAAACUGAAAUAAACAUUGGAAACGAA